AUGGCGGACCAGCUCACCGACGACCAGAUCGCCGAGUUCAAGGAGGCCUUCAGCCUCUUCGACAAGGACGGGGAUGGUUGCAUCACGACCAAGGAGCUGGGAACUGUCAUGCGUUCACUGGGGCAAAACCCUACAGAGGCUGAGCUCCAGGACAUGAUCAACGAGGUCGAUGCUGAUGGCAAUGGCACCAUUGACUUUCCAGAGUUUCUCAACCUUAUGGCUCGCAAGAUGAAGGACACCGACUCUGAGGAAGAGCUCAAGGAGGCCUUCCGUGUGUUUGAUAAGGACCAGAACGGCUUCAUCUCUGCUGCCGAGCUCCGCCAUGUCAUGACAAAUCUUGGUGAGAAGCUAACUGAUGAGGAGGUGGAUGAGAUGAUCCGUGAGGCUGAUGUCGAUGGUGAUGGCCAGAUCAACUACGAGGAGUUUGUCAAGGUCAUGAUGGCCAAUCUCGGCCUUUUCUGUUAUUGGGUGAAAGCUGACAUGGAUCCUUGGAGUGGUAGCCUGGUCUUCCCUGAUGGCUUCUUCCCAGCUGGUGGAAAGUCAUUGAUAGAGGGAAUAUUUCCGCUGCCGUACUUUGAGUGGUUCCAGUUCAAUAAUGAAUUCACUGAAUACACAAAUCUGGACGAGUGCAUUUCAUAUCUAUGUGAUUACAUGGUGAAAAAUAGACCUUUUGAUGGCCUGUCGGAUUCUCCCAGGAUAACUUGCAAAAGUAAAAGAAAUUCUUAUAAGGGCAAGGUGCUGAAGGAUCAUCCGCCAAUUAAGUUCAUGGUCUCAAUAUCUGGGUGCAAGUUCAGGGACCCAAGUAUCUGUGAUGUCGUCUACAAAGACCCGAUCAAGGUGAAAUCAGUGCAUUUUAUUGGAGAAAAGGACUGGCUCAAGUGCUUUCUCGCUGAUUAUCUGAUAUAUUCUUUCGCAGAUGACGUAUCUGUGAAACAGCUUUCUGAAUGGAGCUCAUCAUGCGUCCUAGAAGACCUUAAGAGUGCAGAUGUCAUGAGGCAUUCAGGAAAACCAUCUGAUAAGGAGGCUACUGGUGUGAAAUUCGCAGAAAACCUGGUGAAAGCUUUAGUAGUAUUCCCUGAUGGCAUAUUCCCAGCUGGUGGAAAGUCAGAGAUAGAGGGCAUAUUUCCGCCGCCGUACUUCGAGUGGUUCCAGUUCAAUAAGGAAUUCACUGAAUACACAAAUCUGGACGAGUGCAUUUCAUAUCUAUGUGAUUACAUGGUGAAAAAUGGGCCUUUUGAUGGCCUGCUCGGAUUCUCACAGGGCGCAACACUUUCGGCCCUUUUGAUAGGCUACCAAGCACAGGGCAAGGUGCUGAGUGAUCAUCCACCGAUUAAGUUCAUGGUCUCAAUAUCUGGGAGCAAGUUUAGGGACCCAAGCAUCUGUGAUGUCGCUUACAAAGACCCGAUCAAGGUGAAAUCAGUGCACUUUAUUGGAGAAAAGGACUGGCUCAAGGUACCUUCCGAGGAGUUGGCUUCUGCCUUUGAUGAGCCUCUCAUCAUAAGGCAUCCUCAGGGCCACACUGUCCCUAGGCUUGACGAUGUGUCUGUGAAACAGCUUUCUGAAUGGAGCUCAUGCAUCCUGGAAGUCCUCAAGAGUGCAAAUGUUCCCGAGGCCUUAGAUUCAGGCAAACCAGCUGACAAGGAGGCUACUGGUGCGGAAUUUGGAGAAAACCUGGUGAAAGCUUGA